CUAAGCCCAUGGGGCUGGUGGAGGGGCCUGGAGGUCUGGGCCAGGGAGGAGCAGCUGCUACUCUGGGGGAUGACAGCCAUGUUGACGGGGAGGGGAAGUACGAGGACUAUGGCUACAACGCCCAGCUCAGUGACCGCAUCUCCCUGGACCGCAGCAUCCCCGACUACAGACCCAAAAAGUGCAAGCAGUUGACCUACCCAGAGGACCUCCCUCAGAUCUCAGUGGUGUUCAUCUUUGUGAACGAGGCCUUGUCGGUCAUCUUGCGGUCCGUCCACAGCGUGGUCAACCACACCCCUGCACACCUUCUCAAGGAGAUCAUCCUGGUGGACGACAACAGCGACAGUGUGGAGCUGAAGUUCAAUCUGGACCAGUAUGUGAACAAGCGUUACCCAGGUCUGGUGAAGAUCGUCCGCAACAGUAAGAGGGAAGGCCUGAUCCGAGCCAGGAUACACGGUUGGAAUGCUGCAACCGCCCCGGUUGUAGGUUUCUUUGAUGCCCAUGUAGAGUUCAACACUGCCUGGGCGGAGCCUAUCCUGACCAGGGUGAAGGAGGACCACACCCGGAUCAUCCUCCCGGCCAUCGACAACAUCAAGUUCAACACAUUCGAGGUGCAGCAGUAUGCCAAUGCGGCCCACGGCUACAACUGGGGCCUGUGGUGCAUGUACAUCAUCCCCCCUCAGGAGUGGCUGGACAAGGGCGAUGAGACAGCUCCCAUCAGGACACCAGCUAUGAUCGGCUGCUCCUUUGUGGUGGACAGAGAAUACUUUAGUGAGAUUGGCCUCCUUGAUCCUGGCAUGGAAGUCUAUGGAGGCGAGAACAUUGAGCUUGGCAUGCGGGUGUGGCAGUGUGGGGGGAGCAUGGAGGUGCUUCCCUGCGCCAGAGUGGCGCACAUCGAGCGGACCAAGAAGCCAUACAACAACGACAUUGACUACUAUGCCAAGAGGAACGCCCUGCGGGCCGCCGAGGUCUGGAUGGAUGAGUACAGGUCCCACGUCUACAUGGCCUGGAACAUCCCCAUGAAUAACCCUGGGGUUGACUAUGGGGACGUGUCUGAGCGGGUGGCCUUGAGGAAGAGGCUGCAGUGUCGGAGCUUCCGCUGGUACCUGGAGAAUGUCUACCCAGAGAUGCGCAUCUACAACAACACCAUCACAUAUGGGGAGGUCAGAAACAGUAAGGCCAGUGGCUACUGUCUGGACCAGGGAUCAGAGGACGAUGACAAAGCCAUCCUCUAUCCCUGCCACGGGAUGUCCUCACAGCUUGCCCGUUACUCAACAGAGGGGCUUCUACAACUAGGACCUCUAGGGUCGACCACCUUUCUGCCUGACACCAAAUGUCUCAUCGACGACGGAAGAGGGCGCACGCCUAGCUUGAAAAAAUGUGACUCUGUUUCGCGGGUUUCCCAGAGGCUGUGGGAUUUUACACAGAAUGGUCCAAUCAUCAGCAGGGACACUGGACGGUGCAUGGAGGUGGAGAUGUCCAAAGAUGCCAACUUCGGCCUUCGAUUGGUGGUGCAGAGGUGUUCUGGUCAAAAGUGGAUGAUACGGAACUGGAUAAAGCAUCCGAAGCAUUGAGGCAAGACAUUUCCUCUGAGAAAAGAAUUCCAUUUCAGUCUUGGAGGGCAAACCCAUGGACAGCAGUCUGAGAGCAUUCCAUAUGAGAUAGCUAUAGGCCCUGGGACUGAUGAGAUGAGUAGUUCACAGUUUGUGGACUCUUCUAUGGACUGUGUGCACUGUGCCCUCCCCUUAGGGCAUAGAGCUUUCAACUGCUGAAUCUUUAGAAGAAGAUAUGUUUUCAGCUGAGCUGGGGGUCAAACAUGGAGAGCAUACCAUAGGCCUACAGCGAGCUAUACAGUACUGUUUGAAAUGCUUUUUUUUACAGAACAUCCACCUAUGUAGAAAAUUAAUAAUAAGACAAUGGAAUGCAACUCCUAAGGGGGUUCAACACUGACAAUGACAAGCAAUGUGUAUUUGGUAUAAAGCCAAUCCCAGGAAUCUUUGCAGAUCAAAAUAUGAAAUUGCUUAUUAGUCACCAUAUCAACUUGUAAUUACUUCAGGCUAUCAUUUGGAGAAUUUCUUUGGACAUUUCGCUAUCCUGUUAAGAGAUUUAAUAUGCUUCAAAAAGCUGUUAAUCCUCCCGAUGAACUGAUCAGGAUGCAAAGCAACUACUGUUCUCACAAAUACAAAAGGAUAUUCAUUUCUCUUUUUCUUUUUGGCUGUAUUGCUCGCCACUGAUUAUCAGAGCAAUAACGUGCCUUUUCCCAUCCUUAUGAGUCAUCUGACCAGGGAAUGUCAAUUCCACAAGCAUGUACAAAUUAGUUUAAAGUAAUUAAUAUAUAAACCAACGUAAAAAUGGCUAAAUAAUAGUAUUGUUGUAAAAUUGAUAUUAGUCCUCCAAGAACAGUUAAGAUAAUAAAAAUGUUUAUGACCCAGGAGUACAUUUUGUAAAACUGGAUUCAUUCAAGAAUUCUAGAUUAUUCACAGAGCAAGGUAGUGUAUAUAAUGGAACAUUCCAUGAUUUCUAAAGAUGUUCCUUACUCACAAUGCUGUUCACUGCAUGUUACAUGGAAGCCGGGCCUAUUUUUACAGAUGUAAAGACAGAUGCUGGUGGUUGUUUUACACUGACAGCGAGCACAAUUAUCUGCCUUUGUUGUGUUUCCACUUAGUCUCCUACUGGAUACUGGCCUCAACUCUCUAAUCAUUAAAACCCACCCACAGGAUAGCAUGUCUUCACAAAGUACUGAAAGCUUUCCAAUUUAUUAUGCUCAGCAAGAAACUUUUUCCCCACUGUAUUUUCUGAUGCCCGGCCAACUUUGAAGAUAAAUAAUUCUUCUCUAAACCUUUUUGGUACCAUAUUUUGUGCCUCAUUCAUUCUAAUGAAUGGUCAAAAUGUAGAAGUGCAAAUGACAUUUUCUUGACAAGUGAAUUAUAUUUUUUAAAUCUGUUGCCACAUUUGCUAGAAUAAAUGUCGGACCAAGGCGCAGCAGAU